ACCCGGAACAGUGGGCUGGACUUUUUUUUCGCGGGAAGUUCCUCAGCUCUGCUGUGCUGUGUGUGUGUGUUUAGUGCGAUUCGCGUCAGGAAAUUUCGAUUAGAACAGACUCCGUAUUCUCUGAUUAAGCCAUGGACCACAAUGCAAAGAACGAUACAUCACAGCUCAACGGAACACACAGUGAAGGUUUGACAAAGAAGAGGCAGGACUACCUGGAGUGGCCUGAGUAUUUCAUGGCUGUUGCCUUCUUAUCAGCGCAGCGAAGCAAGGACCCCAGUUCUCAGGUUGGUGCCUGUAUUGUGAAUCAAGAAAACAAGAUCGUGGGUAUUGGCUACAAUGGCAUGCCCAACGGUUGUGACGAUGACCUGCUGCCCUGGUCUCGCAGUGCUGAUAACAAGCUGGACACCAAAUACCCCUAUGUGUGUCACGCAGAGCUGAACGCCAUUAUGAAUAAGAACUCGGCAGAUGUCAAGGGUUGCACCAUGUAUGUAGCGCUCUUCCCCUGCAACGAGUGCACCAAACUCAUUAUUCAAGCAGGUAUAAAAGAUGUGAUCUAUUUGUCAGACAAAUACCAUGACACUCCAGAAAUGACUGCCUCCAGACGGCUUCUUAACUUGGCGGGCAUCACGUACAAGCAAUUCCAGCCAAAGCAAGGCAGGAUUGUCAUUGAUUUUAAUUCAAUCAACCACCCCGGAUUGAAAACUUCCAGUGGUUUUGGAGGCGUACAGUCACCAUAGACUGAGGAACUUGGAACAUGACACUAAGUAUUCAUAAAACAGACUCAUUGUUUUUCUCACUUUAUGUGCUGGUGAAGGUCAUUAUGAGUUUGACAGUGAUUACUAAAUAGAUGUAUAGUAGUUCACUGUUUUGUUUUAAGUCUUUGUUUUUUCAAAUCUUGAAACUUGCGGUUUCUUUUAUGUAUUUGCUCUAAAGCAUGACAUAAUUUUUUUUUUUUUUUAAUCAAUUUACAUGCAAAAUAGCAGCCGGUUUGUGACCUUGGCUGAUGUGCCUUUUUUAAUUGAUUCUUUUAGUUUCAGUAUUUAUGAUGAGUGUGAUGACAACGAGGACAUUAAAAUCAAGCUGGAUGCCAACAUUAACCAAAUCAAAUGUUAUUUACUUUUUUCUUUUAACCUUUUUGUAUUCUCUAUGACAAGGCUGAUUAGAUUUUGAUGUUCAUUUCACAAAUACUAAAACUGCAAAUUACCCUUCCCUUUUAAACCAUUAACCACUGAUGGCUGUUUUGCUCAUAUUAUAAGUUUUUGUAAGCACCACAGUAGAUAAACCUCAUAUUCUGUCAAUCCACACUGUUUUGUGCAUGUUGUGUCUCUUCAGGUUAGAACCCACAACUUCAGGUUUUAAUAAAAAAAAACAAAAACAAAAAGAGGAGACUUGCAUUUGGAGGGAACAGUUUUUAAAUGUUACUUAUCGUUACACCGGGAUCACACUCCCAAAAUUUUCAUUGCCAUACUAUGAGAGUUAGAAUAUUGUUUUUUUUUGUUGCAUAACACAAAACACAAAAUAAAUCAUAACUGCCCACAGCUGCUGUUAGGUUUUGUUCUGUGGCAUGCAUACAUCAUUUAACAGGUCAAAAGUUUGUUGGACUUUCAAAUUACUUGAUGCAUUUCUUAACAAUAAUUGUUUUCUCUCUCUAGGAGUAUCACUUGUCACUGCUGUUCAUUCAUAAUGCAGAUAUCUUGUCAACAAAUCUUAAUUUCUUAAUCUUAUUUUAAGAAUGAAACAUUGCUCAUAUUAUGGUUGUUUGCCAUUGCAAUUGAAUUUGUCAUUUAUAUCUA